GAGAGAGAAUCAUUGAUCAGCUGCCUCCUGCACACCCCACACUGGGGAUUGAGGCCACAUCCUGGGCAUGUGCCCCAACUGGGAAUCGAACCCAGGACCUCUUGGUCCAUGGGACGAUGCUGAACCACUGAGUCACCACAGCCAGGGGAGCUUAUAUAACAGAUUUAAAAUAGGAUCACAAUUCUUUGCAUUCUGCAGCUUUUAGGGUCUAUUUAUAGAGACUGUGUGUUGCAGCCCGUAGAAUCUAGGAGCAAAACAUGUGGCCACGUGUGCACAUGUCAUUCGUGUGGACGGAAAAAGAACACGGUGCCGUUGAGACAUGUUAUAGAUGGAAUGCGAGAUGCACAGUUUCUGAAGAGCGAGCGGGCGGUUAGGUUUGGCUGCCGCGGGAGAGAGAAGGAAAAGGAUGGGCCCUUUGCAGCUGACUUGGGUGCAUUGUCUGUCUGUCCUAUUUCUUUGGCCCCUGGCUGCACCCCCUCCCUCCCUCCACAGGCGGAUCUGAAGAACCAGCUGGGAGACGGGGGGUACGUGGUGUUCGGGGUGGUCCUCUUCGUGUGGGAGCUCUUGCCCACCUCCCUGGUCGUUUACUUCUUCCGCGUCCGAAACCCCGCCAAGGACCUGACCAGUCCGGGCUUGGUCCCCAGCCACGGGUUCAGCCCCAGGUCCUACUUCUUCGACAACCCUCGCAGAUACGACAGCGACGACGACCUCGCCUGGAACGUCGCCCCUCAGGGACUUCACGGAAGUUUCGCUCCCGACUACUAUGACUGGGGACAGCAGACGAACAGCUUCCUGGCACCAGCGGGGACUUUACCUCCGGACCUGGUCGUGGAUCCUGGCAAGCCACGCCGUGGGUAGCACCAGCUAACAGCUUUACGGACCAUUCCUCGGUUGAGAAGCUUGAGAAAAACGGACGCCACGAAAGCUGAAUCUUUAGGGCACUUUUCCUCACGAAAUAGGACUUGAUUUUUAUCGGUUACAGGUUUCUCCUGGCUCCCUAGGGCUAAGCAAUAAUGUAGAUCAACACAACCUGAUUUUUAGUACUAAGAAGGGAGCCCUGGCCGCCUGUUUCCAGGGGUAUAAUUUAAACUUUAAAAAUUCUGUACUUUUAUAAAAAUGUAUUUUAUAUAACUUAAAUAAUAAUGCUAAACUAUACUAGGGGGUUUGGAGAAGGUUACUGUAAUACAGGUUCUAGUUUGCACAGA